CAACAGUAUGGUUUGUUUCUGUGUAGAGUGAUUGUAUUUUUGUAAUCGGUGUUGCAGUAUAUCUAUGAGCCAAUAUAGCUAAACAGACAAAUAUUUUAAGGAGACUUAUAAAUGCCGACUAUCCUUGAACUCUUUCUAGUAUUGCGCUUACCCCUCUCAUAGUAAGUUUAGAGCUUUAGAGACACUCGUUGCAGUAUUCCUGGUUCUACAUUCAAGCCGACGGAAAGCAAACAUUAAUGACAGAUGACAAGUACAAAUGAUGAUUACGAGUGUUUGGUCAUGCAAACUGUGCGCCAUGUGUUGUUUUGUGAGCCAUCCACUGACAGGCAAAACCCUACCCAGCACACAGUUAUGCACACAUAUGAUCAUCUAAACCCAGCGUUCGUAGAAAAGAACUCGCUUCUUUGCCUACUAAUCAGCAAUUUCAACAAUGCUGACAACAGAGAAAUCGACGACAAUAAUUCUAAAGGAACGCACCAUAGUACAUGGAUAGUGGAUUGUCCGAAAUGGUCUUUGGAACGUUUAAGAUCCGAAAAAUCAACCAUCAAGCGGUACCUGAUUGCACAGCGUCGAAAGCUUUCUGAUGACCGUCAACAACCGGCUGCUCAUGUGCUGAAACUAUACGAAACGCAUGCACUGCUAAAACUUUUUCUUCUUGAACGAGAUAUCGAGUAUCGGCAAGUUCAAAUUAGUCGUUCUAGAUCGUUUCUGCAGUCGCUGCAUAUGCUACUGCUGCUUUACGCUACGUACUUCGAGCGCGUUUACGGAAGGAAGGUAAGCAAAAUAAUUGAGAUGAAAUGUGGCGUUUUUAUUAUUGCAUGUCUAUUCCUUAUUCUGUAGAUAUCAAACAAAACCGAUAAGAAGGCGGUCAAUAAGCUGUAUAACAUCUUCCUUGCUGGAUCACAGAACGCCGAAACUUAGCGAGUAAAGCUUUAUUUGUUCGUGUCAGUUCCAUAAUUGUGCUGCGCGAUACACCCUCU